AUGGCCUCCAACAUGCUUCGGGGCCUAUGGCCGUCCGGACCCGCAGACCAGACCACGCCCAAGGCAUCCAGCUCUCACUCCAAUGGCGCAGAACGAAACCCUUUCGACAGCAUGCAGCCUCCUGCUAUGACCAAGCAGUCCUCUCGCUCAUCUCUUAAUACCUCCAUCAUUAACAAUCACCUUCCCGGCGAUGUCACCCCCGGUCUUCGCACACCCGGCGGCAUCACGUCGCAGUCGGCCAUUCCGACCACCUCAAUUUCGCUCAGCGAUCCCGACUUUACCAUGAAGCUUCCACCAUCAAAGCAAAAGAACGAGCCUAGCAUGCCUUCUACACAACCUUCCAACGACGCAAACACUCCCAUGUCCGCCGUCGCGCCAGCCGCAUCUUCUUCUGGCUCUAGCAGCCCCGUGGGUGGCACGAGCGCUGAUGCAAGCGCCAGCAAGACGCGCAAUACUUACUCGCCUCGAGGUCACCUCACCAUCAAGAUCGUUGCAGGCCGUAACCUAGCGGUCAGUAGCCCGUCCGCCAGACCCUACGCCGUUGUCCAAUUCGACAAGAACGAGUUUAUCGGUCGCGAGCCCAUCGACGAAUUCGGCGAGGAGGCAAAGGGCGUUGCGCAGCCCAGAUCAGAGGCCGGCGAAGCAGGUCGAAGCCGUGCAAAGACCGUCACCCCCGCCGACGCCCUCUCACGGACAGGUCAGAACCAUAAUCCUGUCUGGAAGCACGAAGUCACAUUCGAUGUCACCCAGGACUCGCAGCCCAUCUACAUCAGCGUCUACGACCGUCAUUCCGAGGACGAGGGCUUCCUCGGCAUGCGCGAGAUCAAGCCGCGCUUGGUCCACAAGAUGAUGAGCGACCAGUGGUAUCCGCUCUCAUCGCGCGACGACGAGGAAGGCAUGGAGCAUCACCGCGGCGAAAUUCGCGUUCAGAUCACCUACGAGCGCAUGCCGCACAAGAAGCUCACCCCGCACGAUUUCGAGUACCUCAAGCUCAUCGGACGCGGCACCUUUGGCCGCGUCUUCCAAGUUCGUAAGAAGGACACCAAGCGAAUCUACGCCAUGAAGGUCCUCUCCAAGAGGGAGAUCGCCCUCAAAAAGGAGGUCACACACACCAUGGGCGAGCGAAAGAUCCUCGAAAAGUCGCUCGACUGCCCCUUCCUGGUGGGCCUCAAGUUCUCCUUCCAGAGCGCCACCGAGCUCUACUUUGUCACCGACUACAAGUCGGGAGGUGAGCUCUUUUGGCACUUGCAACGCGAAGGCCGCUUUACCGAGGAGCGCGCGCGGUUCUACAUUGCCGAACUGGUGCUUGCCCUCGAGCACCUCCACAAAUUCAACAUCGUUUACCGCGACCUCAAGCCCGAAAACAUCCUGCUCGACGCCACCGGCCACGUUGCGCUCUGCGACUUCGGUCUCAGCAAGCCUGACCUGGGCGCUGGUCAGCUUACCAACACCUUUUGCGGUACCACCGAGUACUUGGCUCCCGAAGUUCUGCUUGACGAAUCAGGCUACUCGAAGCUCGUCGACUUUUGGUCACUGGGUGUCUUGCUCUUCGAGAUGUGCUGUGGAUGGUCGCCCUUCUAUGCCGAGGACACGCAGCAGAUGUACCGCAACAUUUGCUUCGGCAAGAUCAAGUUCCCGCGCGGCGCUAUCGGCGAUGACGGAAAGCAGUUCGUUAAGGGUCUGUUGAAUCGCAACCCGCGCCACCGUUUGGGAGCACAGCGCGAUGCCCAGGAUUUGAAGGAGCACCCCUUCUUCAAGGACAUCGAUUUCGAUGCGCUGGCCAAGAAGCAGCUCACGCCACCAUUCAAGCCGCUCGUGGAGUCGGACGAGAGCGUCGCCAAUUUUGACCCCGAGUUCACGGAGACGGAUCUCAAAGAUGUCGCCGUGAUUCCAGGCUUUGAAGGUUUGUCGACAGAUGCGGCCAAAGCACUAGAGAAUGGCGACAUUCUCGCGGAGGGCGAUGCCAAUGGCAAGGGGGUUGCCAUUGGCAAGGGCAGAGGUGGUGAGGAUGACGACGACCAGCUGCUGACGAGGAGCAUUCAGGACAAGUUUAGAGGCUUCAGCUACAGCGGCACGUACGAAGGCAGUGUUGCGGGCAGCUUUGGCGGCAGACGAGGAUCGGGCGGAUUCGGGUUGGCAGGCGCCAGUCUGGGUAUGAGCAGGAUGGGUGUCAACGACGAUGACAUGCGCGACGAAGAUAUCGCCGCUCUGGAGUCGUUGGACGCCGAUGAAGUGAUGAACACGCGCUGA